AUGGCUGUUGAGACUACUAAGAUUAUUCUCAGUGAACUUGGAGAUGACUUAUUUUCUAUUCUAGUGGAUGAAUCACGUGAUAUUUCUGUUAAGGAACAAAUGGUUAUUCUCUUGCGUUAUGUUAAUAAGAAUGGAUGCAUAGUGGAACGUUUUCUUGGAGUUGUCCAUGUUGGUGAUACUACUUCUUUGUCUCUUAAAUUUGGUGUUGAGGAGCUGCUGCAGAAGCAUCAACUGAGUGUAGCAAAGAUACGUGGACAAGGAUACGAUGGAGCUAGUAAUAUGCAAGGAAAGUUUACUGGUUUGAAGAGUUUGAUUUUGAAAGACAAUCCUUGUGCAUUUUAUGUGCAUUACUUUGCUCACCAACUACAGCUAGCACUUGUUGGUAGAGUGAGAAAACAUCGGAAGAUAUCAAUGUUUUUUACACAACUUAAUACCAUUACAAGUGUUGUUGCUGGAUCAUGUAAACGCCAAGACUUGCUUCGUGAUAAACAAACUACUGAAGUGAUUGAAGGUAUUUGUAGUGGUCAGAUGUCCAGUGGAAAGGGACUGAAUCAAGAAUUAACUUUAAAGCGUGCUGGGGAUACACGAUGGGGUUCGUAUUAUACUACAUUAUUGAGCUUGAUCAGAUUAUUCAAUCCAGCUAUAAGUGUAUUGGAGCAUAUUGUUGAGCACACAGAUGAUCAUGAUCUUCGAGAUGGAUGGGAAUCUUUUUUACAAGAGGUUACUUCGUUUUGUGAGAGUCACAAUGUUGUUGUUGUUGAUAUGAGCUCAAGUUUUGUUGAUCCUAGACGAGUUUUACGCAAGUCCGAGGUGUUAACAAAUCUACACCACUACCGCAAUGACAUGUUCAUAGAUAUUUUGGAAAGACAAGUUCAAGAGUUAAAUGACCGGUUUGAUGAAAUUGGUACUGAAUUACUUUUCGGUAUGUCAUGUCUUGAUCCUCAAAACUCAUUUUCUGCAUUUGACAAGGAGAGAUUGGUAAAUUUUGCAAGAUUGUAUCCGUCUGAAUUCUCACCCGUUCAUAUUAUGGAACUUGAAUGGACACUUCCUACCUACUUUCAAGAUGUCACACAUGAUGAAAGAUUUGUGGGUCUUGAUGGAAUUGCGGAACUUGAUAGAAAAAUGGUUGAGACAAGAAAACAUUUGAUUCAUCCUUUGGUUUGUUUACUUAUCAAAUUGUCUCUACUUUUACCGAUCGCAACAGCUGGAGUGGAAAGAGCAUUUUCUGCUAUGAAUAUUGUCAAGACUCGGCUUCGUAAUAGGAUUGGGGAUGAAUGGUUAAAUGAUCUCUUGGUAGCAUAUAUUGAGCGAGACAUUUUCUUAAGCGUGAAGACUGAAGAUGUACUUCAAAGAUUCCAGAAUAUGAAAUCUCGCAGGGGAGCACUGUAA